CACAGGCAGGAUUUGCAUCACCAGGCACAGGCAGGCAGGCUCAGUAGUAGUCGCCCGCCCGUUCUAUAUAUAUCUAGGUAGCUAGCUAGUGGUCCCCGGAAUUGAUCGGCGGGCAUGGAUGUGGUGGUGCAGCACCAGCAGCAGCCGCGGCUCCCGUUGCCGCCGUUUCACCAGCAGGCGGGUGUUCCUGUAGCGGCGGCGGGCGGGGGUGGCGGCGGCCGGCAGCCGCCGCCGCCGCCGCAGCAGCAGCAGCAGCAGAAGGGCGGAGGCGGGCGCAAGUGCUGCCCGCUGCGGCGGUCGCGGAAGGGGUGCAUGAAGGGGAAGGGCGGGCCGGAGAACCAGCGCUGCCCGUUCCGCGGCGUCCGGCAGCGGACCUGGGGCAAGUGGGUGGCCGAGAUCCGCGAGCCCAACCGCGGCGCGCGCCUCUGGCUCGGCACCUUCGCCACCGCGCUCGACGCCGCGCGCGCCUACGACGCCGCCGCCAGGGCGCUCUACGGGGACUGCGCCAGGCUCAACCUCAUGCCCGCGCUCCCCCAGGCAUCGGCGGCGGCGGCGAACAAUUGCACGGUGGGCAUCAAGGCGUCCCCGGCGGCGUCCCCGUCCUCCCCUGGACACCACCACCAGUACUACAACUACAAGCAGGACGAGCCCGUGAUGAUGGCCGCCGCGGCGAUGACGCGCUCCGCUCCCAGCAGCUCCGCCGACGACGCCUCGCCCAACUCCAACUGCUGCUCCAACUACUCCAAUUCCAGUUCCUCGGCGGCGGCGACCCCGACGGCGGCCAUGCAGCAGAUGAUAGCGGACGAGCUGGCGGCGGCCGCGGACCACCACCACCAGCAGCAGCAGCAGCAGCAGGCGGAGGCGGACGACUUCGAGGACUACGUGACGCGGCUGCCCAAGGCGGAGGACUUCGGCCUCGGGGGCUUCCAGGAGGUGCCCCCCGAGGUGUUCGACGAGGCCGCCGGCGCCGGCAUGUGGGACGACACCGUCGCCUGGCCGUCGCCGGCCAUGAUGCUCGACUACGCCCUGCAGGUCGUCCCUCUUUAAUUGACCGGACGGCGACUCGAUCACUCAUCCGCCGAUGACGCGCCGCCCUGCGCCAACUCGAUCGAGUGUCUUGCUAGCUAGCUUCAUCGAUAGCCGGUCGCCGCCGGCCCAGCCAAUCAGCGCCGGCCGCCGGCCGCCGGCGAUCGAGGAGGGAGCUAGCGGGUCGAUCGAGCUCGUGUACGUGGCGAAGUGGAUCGACGCGCGCGCGCGAGGACAUGAUCUAUAUGCUCUUUUCUCAUUUCCUCCUCUCUUCGUGUGGGUUCCAUUUCGACAGAUCUGCUUCAGGUUUGUACAGUAUAUCGACUAGUGUGUAUGCAUGCAUGUAUGUAUGGUACAGUACGUAUGAGUUGCGAGCUAGAGCUUGUACCGUGGUGCGGUACACAGCACCUGGCUCGCCGUAGGUACGAAUACAGUAGUGGUAUUGUAUAGCUAAAAAUACAUAUGCCUCGCGCGUGCGGGUCCCUUACAUAUAUGUAUGUAUAAAUGUACAGUGCUAAUUAAUGUGUGUAUGAUGUAAUGUACAUAUAUAUGGUACUCU